UUUAAUAUGUUUUUUUAUUAUUUUCUCAAUGCGUGUUCUUUUGUUAUCAAAUGCAAAAUCAAGCAUUUUUCAAAUGAUAUUUCUAGACAAAAUGUCUUUCAUUUAAAUAAUUCUUAAACACCAAUAUAAACAUGUAAACAAGCCUGAAUUCAACAGAACAUGUGCCCUGCUAUAUUAAGCAAUAAAGUAGAUUGUAGUAAGACCACUACGCACGGUGAUUCAACAGCGCCCAAUCAGAGCGUUGCUUUCUUGCAAAACUCCGCCUACAAUGGUCACGAAAGGUCGACCGGUUCAUGCAAAAUGAACUCAUUUUUUAUCGUUCAGAUAAUCAAGUUUGGGUGUAAAUAUUACAAGAUAAUAAAGCAAAGCUUUAGUUUAUAUAAUAGUUACUGGCCUUACUGCAUCAAGCCCGAAGAGCAGCGCCUUAGUUUAUAUUACAGUUUCUACCUAUCUGCAUCAAACCCGUAGAGACAGCGCCUUAGUUUAUAUUCCAGUUACUGUCAUAUCUGCAUCAAACCCAUAGAGGCAGCGCCUAAGUUUGUAUUCCAGCUUCUGUCAAACCUGCAUCAAGCCCGAAGAGGCAGCGUCUUAGUUUAUAUUCCAGUUUAUGUCCUACCUGCAUCAACCCCGUCGAAGCAGCGCCUUAGUUUAUAUUCCAGUUUCUGUCAUACCUGCAUCAAGCCCGUAGAUGCAGCGCCUUAGUUUAUAUUCCAGUUUCUGUCCUACCAGCAUCAAGCCCGUCGAAGCAGCGCCUAAAUUUAUAUUCCAGUUUCAGGUUGUAUUUUUAAAACUCUUUUCUAUAUUUCUUUUUUAAUUUAUUAUAAAUGUAUGCGUUAAUGGAAUUAAUCUUAAAUACAUAGUCGGGCGAAUAAUUUGUGAAGGCUUCCGCUAAAAAACUAUGAUUUUAACUAAUUCGACAAAAGGAAAGAUUCAGACAUCUUAUGAUCCCAAUGGUCAAAUAUUAUUUUAACCGUUCAGUAACUAGUGCUCUAUGCCAUGUAUUCUUGUAUUCUACCUGGGUCAUUCAAAUAAGCAUUUAAAAACAGGGCAGCAACGAAGGAAGACCCAAAUCAACCAAACACAUGUAUAACGAUUAGACGGAAAUUAUAUGCAAUGUUAAUUUUCUGUUUGAUUUAUGUAAUAAAAAGCAUUUAUUUUUGAAAACUAUAGAAAUGUUUCUCUAGUUGUAUUCUAGCUAAUCCGAGUAUUCUUUAGAUGGUACUGCCGAUGCAGGUGAUUAAAUAUGAAAAGCCUGAUACUCGUUUUACUGUGGGCAACAUCAUGUUCGACAGUGACUGUGUUAAUAGACGGAGUGGAAGUGGACUGCAGUUUGGACUGUGUUUGUUGUCAAGGAGGAGAGGGACGAUGUGGAUAUGCAUCAGUUUAUGGAGAUAACGUUUGUUUUGAUGGCUGUGUUGACGGAAUCUAUGGCUCGAGAUGUCACAACCCAUGUCCAGGUAACUGUAAUACGUGUGAACAAAUCAUCGGCCGCCGAUGUUACAGUUGUCAAGAUAUAUUUUAUGAUACAGACAAUUUCUGUUAUGUGACCUGUUCAGUCGGAUAUGAUGAGGGAACCUGUAACGAUAAUGGAACCUGUCGAUGUAAAGCCAAUUUUGAAGGAAGUAAAUGUGACAUAUGCAUACCAGGAAGCUUCGGCACAGAUUGCUCUAACGUUUGCGAUCAUAAGAAUUGCAUAUGUACGACUGGUUCUGAUUGUACUUCAUGUAAAAAGGGAUUUAAUGACAAGAGCACCUUCUGUCAAACACCUUGUUCCAGAGGUUGUUUGAAUGGCGUAUGCAAUGACGAUGGAGGUUGUAAAUGUCUCCAAAGAUUUGCUGAUUCUCUUUGUUCAGAAUGCAUUUCUGGAUAUUAUGGAGUACAGUGUGAUAUUCCAUGUCCUAGCGGGUGUAUGAGUGGAACAUGUAUGGAAAACGGAACAUGCUAUAAAUGCGUAUCUGGUUUUUACGGGGAGAGAUGCAAGAUGAAAUGUUCUGAUGGCUGCAGCGCUGGACUUUGCACAAUAGAUGGUACAUGUACCUGCAGGGUCAAUUUAAACGGUAACAACUGUGAAACUUGUACAGCAGGGAAAUAUGAAAACAAUUGCCAACACGUAUGUAGUGUCAGUUGUUCUACAACUUUCUGUGACAGAAGCGAAGGAUACUGCAGCUGCCUUCCGAAUUUUUCAGGAAAUAAAUGUGAUACUUGCACACAGGAAGCAUAUGGACUGGCAUGUGACUUACACUGUUCAGAUAAGUGUAUUGAUGGGAUGUGCUCACGACUCGACGGCGCUUGCAUUAUCGGCUGUGUUGAUGGUUAUUCGGGUAUCGAUUUUACAGAAACUUGUAACUUGACCUGUGCAACAUGUCAACAGUAUGAUGAAUCAUAUUGUGAACCAUGCUUUAAUGAAUAUUCUGGAUCAACAUGCAUAUGCCCUAAGAACUGCGCAUGUGAAGAAGGCAGUGAUUCAUGCACUUCAUGUGUUAAUAUGUACUCAAAUCUGGAAUACCAAUGCAAAUGUCAUACAAAGUACUGUAAAGGAAAUAACUGCAAUUUUUGUAUAAACAGUACAUACUAUGUUCAUGAGGGCCUAGAAAGUUGCUGCCCGUGUUCAACCUUCUGUAAAGACGCAAUUUGUUCUUCACAACACCAAUGUCUAAAUGGGUGUGAAAAUGGUAUGUAUGGUAAUGAUUGUUCCAAGAAGUGCUCAGAUCUUGACCAUAUGUGCCAGAAUUGCACUCAAGUUAACGGAGUUUGCACAAAAUGCAGCCGGGGAUUUUACCAUGAUUUCGACGGACAUUGUAUCGCAUGUAGCCCUACAUGUAUCGGUAGUUCAUGUAAUUCAACCGACGGGCGGUGUCUCGCAGGAUGCAUUGACGGUCACUGGGGGGAGUCAGUGUGAAAAAAGUUGUAACAUAUUUUGUAAGGCGUGUGACAGAAUGGCAGGUGACUGUAUUGAUUGUCUUCAAACGUUUGUAUAUGGUCCAUACUGCAAUGCAUCAUGCAGCCGUGGUUGUAUGAACUCAGACUGCAGCAUGUUGGGCGAAUAUAGGAUCGGUUGUUCAGGUGGCUAUACUGGGGCCAGAUGUGAAACAGCUACAAAGUCUACUACAUCUGGGGUCAGUGUGGAACUAACUGCGGUAGUGGGGGUAAUUGGAAUCGUUGUCGGACUGGCAGCUGCUUUGAUUUUCGUGUUCAUUCUAAAACGAAGACAGAGAGUAGAGAAGCACACACAUACAGUAGAUGUUGGACAACGAUCAGUUGAAAUCAGUGCUACCAAUACAGACUUCAACAGUUUGUACGAGGAAUUAGACAAAACACAGAGCGUUGCAUCACAAGAUAGACAACAAUAUGAAAUGCUACAAGCCUCUCCAAAUCCAGUUGAUAACCAACAACAAGUCAACGAACGGAGGGACUAUGAUAAUGAAUAUCACAACGAAAGUUAAACUAAAGCACAUUCACACAACUGAAAAGUCCUGAACAAAUAUGUUGAUAACGAAACUUGAAAGAGGUAUCAGUGAGGUCAGCUGAUAGGUCAAGCAAUUUAUUCUAAGGCCUUACAAUAGUGAAAUGCUUCUAAAACAUGUUUAAAAGAGAUUCACUCGCCUUGUAUUUUUAUUUACUUAUUACCGCUCCAGAAUAAUUUUAGUAUGAAACACCCAUUUGUCAAUUGCAUAUUUACAUCUGGUGCUAUAUAUUACAAAGAUUAAUUGAGUUAUUGAUUAGCAAUUGGGGCUAAUGUAUCGAUUAAUGGUAUGCAAACCCUGGUAAUGCGGCUAUUCUGGCACAUAAUUCGAUUAAGUAAUUCACUUUUUCUGAUGGUGACCUCGUGAUGGUCUCCUUAAAAAGAAGUUCGAUAUAUUUGUACUUGGUCAUUGAAAUUAUCAAACAAAUCAGUCUUGCAAGCUUAAUUUUGUGUUUUGUAAAUUUGGGUCAAAAUAUAUGUUUACACUUAAUUAUUUACCUGAUUAGCGUUAUAUUUAAGAUGUUUCGAAAACUAAGCCCAAGAUGAUGAUAUUUUCCCUGUUUUGAUUUUAUCUUUGUCAUAUUGUCUUUAUCACUGUCAUCAUAUUAUAAUAUAUAUUUUACCAACGAUAUGUAGAUAAUGUGUAGCAACUCAAUAUGUACUUAUUGACUUUUUAUACAUUUUGUACAAGCAUGGCAAAGUUCGUACAUGUGUACUUAAAGUACAGAUGUAACGUGUUUAAACAUGGAAAACUUAGUCCAAGUGUUUUACCAAAAUUAAAAUGAUAACUUGGAAUGUGUAUAUGAGUAAAAUUCUUCAGUUAUCUAACCCCUUGCGUAUAAACAACCUGUUCUUAUUUUGAUUGCUUUUUAAAUAUUUAAAUUUAUUUAAUAUAUUUUCAGAUAAUUGUUUCCAAUAAUUUCUUAACGUAUUUGCUCUGCUAAGCGGGUGUUUUAUAUACUUCGCUUAUAUUCACAACUUAUGAUGUAUAUUUAUCGUGUGAGUAAUCAUUUGUAUCAACCCAAGUUUCGAAAUAUUUAUUUCAGUCAACGACAUUUUUUGAUAAUCUCCAUCCCGGAAAUAAAAGCAUAUCUUUCACUAAUUCAUUUUCCCUUUAAUAUGUCUUUUUAUAUAUUCUAUGUCGAUGAAAUUGAGAUUCAAAAAAUAAAAAAUGCCAGUUUUGACAACUUUUUUUAUUUUUUGUCUUGGAAAGAGGAAGUUUUUUCGUAAAUAUCUGCAGACCAUUGAUAACAUAUUGCUGACAAAAGAUCAGAGCGCAGAUUUGCAUAUUUC